GCCAUUGCUUAACUUUCCGUUAAAGGAUAAAGGAACGGAGAUAAAUAUGUAAUGUAAUGCUUAGUCUUAUUUCAGGAAGAAGAUAAUUAAAAAUUUCUUUAAAAAUGGUAUGGGAAUCUUUUGUAACAUGAAACAAACAUGGACUUCAACUUUAAUAUUCCAAAAAUCAAAAGACAAGCCACAAAGGAUAACUUAAGGAGUGUAACAGUAAAAGGUAGAGAUGCACAAGAUGUGUUGGACAAUUUACAGAGAUCAUACCUGGACAGGAAUUUCAGAGCAAACUGGGAGGUUACAUCAGUCUAUUUGGUGGAAAAUAAAACAUUAGAGGAUGCUUAUAGAACCAAGAGAAAUGAAAUGAAAGAAGAUGGAAGACAUUCUAGGGAGUUGGCAGAACAAUAUGCAUAUGUUAGUAUGAAAGAUCCAAAGAUUGCACAAAAAGUCGCACAAGAUGGAUUAAAAACAAGAGAGUUAAACUUCAAUUCAUUGGGUAACAGUAAAUUUGGUGUGUAUCUCUGUAAACAUGCUGAUGUUCAGCUUGGUCUGUUUGACACUUCUGGUCAAGAAACGUGUCAGCUGAUGAUUUUUAAGGUGACCCUGGGGAAAAGUAAAGUGAUGAACUUACAACCCACCAUGAGUGUAGAACCAACUCCAAACUAUGACUCACAUAUCAACCAACUAAAACCAUCUCCUAUGGAUUUACUUAACAUACAGAAUCACAGGUCACAGAUAUACCUGUAUGAAUAUGAUGAUGACUGCGAACCAGUACAAAGACCACGGCAAUGUCUUCCAUAUGCUCUCAUCACAUAUAAAAAGAUUAAAGAUAUCCCUCAGACUGCACUGAGUGGAGCUAGUGCCAGCAAGUACAACAGACCCUUCAAACCUACAGAAGUCAAGGUCACUGAAACAAGUGAACUGACCACAAUCCCUGUACUCCUUAACCGGAAUAUGAGUGAAACAGCUGUUUUAAAAAUUCCGACUGGUCCAUCAUUCACAAAAGAUCCAAAUCGUCAAUUAAGUAAACAAGAAAGGAGGGAAUUGUUUGAAAGGCAACAUGCUGAGUCACUUAGACGACAAGCUCAGGAAAAAAGGCCAGCUACUGAAUCUUAUGAAACAAACAAAAUCUAUUAUGCAAAUACUGAUUAUUCAAAAACUCAAACACGUCAAGAUCCAAGAAUGAAAAAUAUACCAUUUGUCCCACCACAGCCUGCAAACAUUGUCAAACAACAACCAUCAACAAAUUCCAUGGAUCCUAGGAGAUUAACAAAUGAGAGACCUAAUCGAGGGAUGGGAUACCAGAAACAACUAUCUGUUAAUAUUCCACGACAACGCCACAUGUCUGGUGGCAGUCCCUCUCCUGAUGGUGAUAGUAUAAUAAGUGAUGCUUUAACAGAUCUUAUUGUUAAAAAUCAAAUAAAAGUUGAUGCAUUUGGAAGACCUGUUUUGGCUAUUCCUAGUCCUGCUAAAUCUGAAGAGGAAAAAAUGCAAGCAAUUAAUCAAAAGUUUGCGGAAGAAAUUCAGAAACAUUUGCAAAUGACUGGUCCUAUUGAUGUACCUAGAACUGCAAUGGAGGAGGACUACACUCCUCAGCCAAUGGAAAUUGAGAGUUCUGAAUCCCUGGACAGUAAACAGGAUAAAAAUGAUAUGUUAGAAUUUGACAGUAAAAUUUCAGAACUUUUAAAUGAAGCUAGCUUGAAACCUAUUGAAAAUGUGGAAAUGAAGACCCAACAGGUAACUGAAGUCAACAAAGAAAGUGGAAACGAAAUGCCUUUCAAUGAUUCUGAUGAUGAAUUGCCAAAAUUGAAAAGGCCAAAAGCUAAGACUAUAGAUAAUUCAGCUGUAGAGGAAGAUGACGAUGAUGAAAAGUUAAUUAUUGCUGAAAUGGAUGUUGAAAGUAAAAAACUGGAAGUGCUUGAAAAAAGGAGAAAAAGCCAUGAAGGAUCUCUCGAAAAAGAUCUACUUACUUUUGUCAGUCGAGAAGACAUUAAGAAAAAAGAUAGUGAUAAAGGCUCAGAUAAUUCAAAAUCACAAGAAGAGCAAAGUAUAUUAAACAGGAAAGAAGAAAAAGAUAAAAAUAUAAAUAUAGUUGUUGUGAAAGAAGAAACUAUGAGUAAAGAAGAGCAAAUGAAAAUGCAAAGGGCAAAAGUACUUAAAGAAGUUCAGAGUAUGUUGGAAAAGACCAAAGAAAAAGCUGUUGAUAAAAUUGAUGAUACUAUAAAAAAUGACAAUGAAAUAUUGCAAAUAGAUUCAAAUAAAGAGGGAGAAAAAGGGGCCGAAGCGAAGAAACAGAUGGAGGACAAAAAAGACAUUUCUUCAAAUAAAGAAGCAGGAAAUUUAUCAAGUGAAUAUAUAGACUAUGACUUAAGUACCUUCAGUUCUGAUUCCGAUAAUGAAAGUGUUAGAUCUGAUGAUAGUAGAUCAAAUCAUUCAAUACCUCAAACAUAUUCAAGACCAUCACCAAUUUACAAUGAGAGCCCAAUGAAAGUGGAUCAAAGAGGUCCAUACAAUGUUCAGACAAGUCCACAUAAAAUGCAGUCCAAAUCGGACUCCUGGGUUUGUAGAGAUUUAUAUAAUGCUUAUGGUGAUCGUGUCCAACAACCAGGAUUAGACAAUAGACCUGAAGAUAGAAAUCAGGAUUGGUCACAACAACCAAUGCACAGAGAACAGAUAAAUCAGCAACCCAUACCUGGACAUCAGAGUCAACCACAAAUAACCAGACCCCCAACUCAGCAACCACAUCCCAGCCAUCAUCAUUAUCAAACACCUGUUUCUAGUCACCAUCAGCCACCCAUACCAGGCCAGCAUCAAACACCAAUUUAUAGUCAACAAAAUCAGUCAUCUAUACCAGGUCAACAAAAUCAACCACAUUUUACUGGUCAUCAAAAUCUGCCACCUUUUCCAGGGCAGCAAAUGAUUAGGCCACCAAUGCCUGGCCAUGAAAACCAGCAAUUUUUUCCAGGUCAACAGAUGAUAAGGCCUCCAAUGCCCAACCAAUCUCCUGUACCUAACCAACAUAUGAUAAGGCCUCCAAUGCCCAACCAAUCUCCCGUACCUAACCAACAGAUGAUGAGGCCUCCAAUGCCCAACCUGCCCCCUGUACCUAACGAACAGAUGAUAAGGCCUCUAAUGGAUCCACCGCACUUUGAUGGACAUUCCUAUCUACCUAGGAGACAUGAUGAUCCUAGAAAUUAUCCAUCACAGUUUCCUGUCAAAUCAAGAUCAGACUCUGACAUGGUAUAUCCACCACAUCAUCCACAGAGUCCUCAAGGUCACCUCCCAAGUCCUUUUAUGCAGGAUACAGACUACAGACAACAACCAAAUAUGAAUUUUUUAAAUGUUCAAGACAUGGAUCAUAGGCAAAAUUCACUCAUUGAUGUGAACCCUGAAACUGGUGAUGUUGAUUAUCGUAGAUUGAAUCCAGUAAAACCAGCUCAGAGUCAACCACUAAAUACUCCGGACAUGAGGAACCAGUUUCCACCUAAUCCUAAUAUGCCAUUUAAUUCACCACCAUUACAUGUAAAUAUGCCUCCUCAACCUUCAAAUCAGAAUUAUAGUCCAGAAGGAGCUAAUCUACAGUUUAAUCCUAAUAAUCAGAAUAUGUUGAGUCCUCCUCGUUCAUCUAGUUGGGGUAAAACAGAAACUAUUGGUUUAACCUCUCCUUCCAAAGAGAAAAAAAUUUCAUUAACAGCCUAUAAAGCAAGGAGGAAAAACAGUCCAAUCAGAGAUGGUAGUUUUGAAGGUCAAUUCCCAACUUUUGAUCUGGAUGUAAAUAACCUGAAAAACAUCUUACAAACAGUAAAUGUUGUUUCUGCUCUAAAAAAAGACUUCGCUGAAUCUGAGAGUGGGGAUUCUAUUGAUGGAAGAGCACAAAGAUAUAUUGAUGAUGUCACAAAAGUUAGUCCAUCAAACGUUAAACAUACAGGAAAACUUGCUUUUUUAAAUGAUGUUCAAGAUGAUGAUGGACUAUUUAAUUGUUAUGGAGGCGAGAAGAUACCAGGGAUAGAUAUAUCACCUCAAAAUAUCACUACAGGACAAAUAAGCAUUUCAUCUAUACUUGGUACGAAUGUAGAUAUGAAGAAAUUUGAUGUGGAUAUGAGACAGGACCAAAGACCUGAAAUCCUAGAUGCUCAAGGAACUCCUUUAAAGAAAUAUUACGGCAAAUAUCCAUGGGAAGAAUUGCAUCAGGUAACUACACAGGCUCAUGAUGGAGAGAAUGAUCCUUCACCAGUUAGCACGGCUUCUGGUAAAAUGACACCUCCAUCAAGCUGUUCAUCACCGAGGGGACGAAAGAAGAGAAAAAUUAAGUCAGGAAUGAUGGGAUAUGUGAAGAGAAAAAGAAGGAAAAAAAAGAAAAAUUUAUUUGACAAUGUAUCUGAUAUAACAGGUGAAACUGGUAGCGUUGCCUCAUCUGACUGGCGAAGUAGUAUAGAAGAUUUAGGACGAGUUAGAGUCAUGUCCCUAGAGGAAGUUGGUCUUAACCAUUGGACUGAUGCCAUUAACCACUCAUCAUUUCAACCCAGAGUAGUACUAAAAAGGGAAAAAGAAGCAGAAAUUGGUGCAGCAAAGAUUGCAGAGAGCAAUGAACUGAAAUCCGAAAAAGAAGCUUUAGAUUCUCAGCCAGAACAAAAGAAUACUAUGGUUAGACAAUGGGUAGAAACCUCACACAAGAAAAUUAAACUUAUUACAUUGAAACGAACUAAAGAGGAAGAUACAGCAAAGAGUGAAAAGUCUUCUAUUCUGGAGGAUGUUAUAGAUAUUGAUGGUUUAGUGGAGAAACAGAUAGCUCAAGACAUGGCCAAAAGUGAUGAUGCCAUGUCAAUCUCAUCAUCCAGUGAUAUUAUUUAUCAGAAACCUGGACCAAAGUGUAGCAAAAGGCCACCAUUGGCUGGGACACAUCAGUCAAUACCAGUUCUCAAUAAAAGAAAAGUCUUACCCACCCAACCAGUUAGUGAUUCAUUGUCGUGUACAAUACCAAGAAGUCAGGAUCAAGUGUAUUUGCAGUCAUCUCAAGGCCAAGGCCAUAGACAAGUGCCACCAUAUCCAAUAGUUACUGAUAUAUCUGUGCCGCCACCAGUUGUUUAUAGUACAUCGUAUCCGCCACUAUCUUCUUAUCCAGUGCAAUCAUACUCUAUUCAAAGUUUCAGACCUCGAGGUCAAGGACAAAUGAAUUCCCCUUUGCCUGUGGUUCCGCCAUUUCAGUAUCCAAAGUCAUCCAUGAGUAAUCUUGUACCCCCGCAUCCACUUUCAGCCUUUGGCCAAACAGAUUUUAGUCAGCCACCACCUCAAUUGCCAUCUGCACCAUAUCCACCAAAACCUGUGGUAGGGACACAUGUAAGUAGUACUACACCACAAUCCACGCUUCAUUCAUCAGCACCUCCAAGUCAUCCAUCAUUGACAACAAAUCAACAAAUGCAGCAUCCUGUUAGUCAUCAUCAACCAACUCAUCAAUCAACAACUCUUAGUCAUUUGAGCAUAACUCAUCCUGCAGAAAUUCGAAAUCCAUUGCAAAAUCAUGCAGGACAACCUCGUAUACUUUCUCCAGGUAUCCGUCCAAUUGUGGCGCAGGCAAAUUUUCUUAAUCGUCCAAGGUUGUCACUGUACACACCACAAUCUGUGCCGGGAUCAAGUGAACCACAGACAACAACAGUAGUUACUACCUCUGUGUCAUCAAAUCUUGUAGACGUGUCUACUACAACAGGUUCAAAGAGACCAUCAGAUUUAGCAGAUUGGUUUGCAGAUAAAUUGAAUCCUAAAGCAUCUCAAGAUACUGUAAAUGAUCCAAUUACAAAACUAGAAGGCAGUACUAUUAUGAAGCCAAAAGAAGGAACCUUGAGGGAAGAACUUGAAAAAUUGAGAAAAAACAAGCUUGAGGAAAAAGAAGACUCCAAAAAAAGAAAAUCUAGAUCUAAAUCAAAAGAAAAAUCACCACAGCUAAAAUCUAAAAAGAAAAGAAAUCAAAGCAGUGAUAAUAAUAGUGACAUAUUUGAAGAUUCAGAAAAUGAUUCAAAACGGAGCUUGUCUAGUUACUCUCCAAGCAGUAGAGGAAGCAGUAGAAAAAGAUCUCCAGAAUAUAGACGUAGGUGGCCAUAUGAUUCUCCAGAUUUUAGAGGAAAAUACAGUUAUUCACCAAGAAGGAGAAGGUCUCGCACAAAAUCCUAUUCAAGGUCACAUUCUAGGUCAAGAUCACGUUCUAGGUCAAGGUCAUACUAUAGAAGAUCAAAAUCAAGAUCAAGAUCAGGCUCACAAAGCAAAACUGGAAAUAAGGUACGGAAAUCUCCAAGAAGAAGAAGUAAUUCAACAGAUGGAAAAUCUAAGGAUCUUGAAAAAGAUGUAACAACUAAUAAAUCUACCGAUGGAGUAAUAAAUAGAUCUGAUUCUGUUAGAGCAAAAAGGAGAUCUAGUACGUCACCUGAUCGCCCUAGGAGAAGGAGAACUCCAGAAUCGUACAGAUCAAGAAGAUCAAGUAAUUCUCCAGAAAGGUGGAGAAGAGGAAGGUCACCACUGAAGAGGUCAAGUAGUUCCCCUGAUAGUAGACAAGGGAAACAAUCUCCAGAAUAUAAUAGAUUUAGUAACAGAAAGAGAAUCAGCAAUUCACCAAGAAGAAGUGUUUCGCCUAGAUGCAGAAGUAUAUCACCAAAAAGGAGAACAUUUGAAUCUAAGCGUAGAAGUAUUUCACCUCAAGUCAAAAGUAAAUCACCUAAGCGUAGAAGUAUUUCACCCAAAGUCAGAAAUAAAUUGCCUAAGCAUAGAAGUAUUUCACCCAAAGUCAAAAGUAAAUCACCUAAGCGUAAGAAUAUAUCACCAAAACGUAAAAGCAUUUCUCCACUAAUUCAAAGAAAUCCUUUGCAAAAACAAAUUAAUACUACCGAAUUAAAAUCAUCAGGAAAUACUGAGAAAGUAUCUAACGAAAGGGAAAUAGUGGUUGAGAUACCUACAGAUACUAAUAAUGAGGUUAACAAACCAAAUGAAGCACUUUUAAAACCAUUUUUAAGGGGUCCUUUAACACUGGCCAGUCAACAUGUACAGUUAUCAACAGAAGAUAAUAAAUGGACCAAAUCUAACUUUACAGAAUACACUAUUGAUCAAAUUACAGAAGAAGAUCAGAAAUUGCAAGAAGAACUUGAAAGCCUUGAGGAACAGAAGAAACUUCUAGAACAAGAAGAUAAAAAAAUGAAGGAAGAAAUGAUGAAAAAAGAAGAUGCAAGAAUUAGGAAGGAAUUGAUUGAAUUAGAAAAACAGAAGAAAAUAGCAGAAGAAUUGCUUGAAUUACAAAGGCAGAGAGAAUUUGCAGAAGAAUUAGUUGAAUUAGAAAGGCAGAAAAAACUUGCAGAAGAAUUAAUAGAAUUAGAAAAACAAAGAAAAAUUGCAGAGGAACUUGUAGAAUUAGAGAAGAAGAAAAAAACAGCUGAAGAAAUUGAAGAACUAAAUAAACGAAAGCAACAACUAGAAAAAGAAGUUGAGAAAUCAAUAAUGGUAGAUAUAUUGGCAGAGGAAAAGAUGGAUGUGUCAAUUGAUGAUGACAAGAUGAUAUCAGAUGAGUUAGACGAGCUUGCUCAACAGAAAGAGAAGCUUCAAAAGGCAUUAGCUGCCCUGGAAAAUAUAGACAAAGAUUCUGAUGUCUGUGAAAUUGAUUCAUCAGGUUUGGAGGAUGGAGAAAUUGAGGAUGACUCAGAAGAUGAGGAAAAGAAAGAUGAAUCAAAACCUGGAGAGGAUAAACACAAUCCCAUACGAAUAAGCUCAGUAAUAGAUUUAACUGACAGAGCACCUUCAAGAGAUAAAAGAUCAUUGUCAAAGGAUUUGAAACGGUCUCCUUCAAGGGAGAGACGGGAAUCUUCUACUGAAAGAAGAUCAUUAAGAGAUUACAGAAGGUCUCCGCCUUAUAAAAGAAGGUCAUCUUCAAUUGAAAGAAGACGAUCACGUUCUAGGGAAAGGAAAAGAACAAGCUCAAUUGGAUCAGAUUAUUAUGAUGAGUUCAAUGGACGGUCUUCAGAUGAUAAGCAUAGACAAUCCUUGGAACACUCUGACAAAAUUAAAAGGCAACAUGCCAAGGAGAUUGGAAAUGUAUGGGGUGCUAUGAUUUCUCACAACGAUACUAGGGUUGAACGCAUCAAAGGUGAUCCAUUUUUCAAGAAGACGCCUGAAUCUAAGGAAAUAGAAGAUGAUACCACUAUUGUGCCUAAGCCUAAAUCCCUUGCUCAGAAGAUCAGAUGUAAUGAACUCAUUACAGCCUAUGAUUUGAAUCAAGAGCACCAAAGGUCUGUCACCAAAACUAGGCAAGAAUUAAUUACCUUUGCUGAUUGGUUAAAGAUGGAAUAUGAAAUAAGUGACGAGGAAAUUGGUAAAUACCAAAAAUAUAUUACUUGUGUCCAAUUAGAUUCCAGAAUUGAUGAAAAUAGUAAAAACAAAAGAAAAACACUGAAAAAAAGAUUACGUGCAGAAAUGGCGUCUGCACAGGAAACUUUAAAAAUUGAGGAACAGGAGAAACAAAACCAACAAGGAAUGGAUAAACCUUCUCGUAAUAUUGUUGUUAGUGGUGUUAAAGAAAGACUUGAAAAUGUAAAAGAGGGGGAUAAACGUAUCGUUUGUGACAGUGGAGUUCAUCAGUUAUCUGAAAUUGAACAUCUUCAUCAGCCAUUUGAUAUAUCUCGUCAGCAACUUGUAUCAGAACUUGAAAUGGUUCGAUCAGCAUUAAAAAUGUCAUGGAAAACACCUAAAGGCAAAGUACCUGAUGUCGUCAAAAAUGAAUCUCUUGGUUUUGGAGAAGGGGAUUAUGACCAUGAGUUUUUGAUGAGACAUGAUCUUCAGCAGUUAGAAGCAGAGAUUUUAAUGAGAAUCAAUCAUUUUGAGUUUCAUGGUGUACCAAACAGAAGAGUACCUGAAAUUCUUCUUACUAAAAAAGAAAAGAGCUUGCAUUUUUCAGAGGAGGGCCUAUUUUUAGUAAUGACAGCAUCGAUUUCUAACAAGGCAUAUCAAAAUUUACUGUCUUUAAAGAAAAAGUUAGAACAAACAGAAGAAGCUGCAUCAACAAUGAAUCCUGUUACCCAUCAUGAGCGAAUUCUUAAACAUUUACAAGAAAUAGAAGUUUUACAUCAGUCACGGAAGGCUGUCAUGCUUACAAUAGCAGGAUACCUUACAAAGAAACGUUUUUCUAAACUAUCAACAAGACUUAAAUACUACAAAAGAUGUAUUCAGUACUUCAGUGACUUAAGAAAACCAGAACUAGUGUAUUUAAAGACUACUGUUGCUGAUGUUGAAGUUCAUCUGAAGCUUGGUGAAAGACUUCUGCAAGAGCAAGAAGGUGGAAAACCAAAAUCAUUACCUCUUCGUUUUAUAUCAUUACCCACACAAUCCACAGUUUCUGGCCAAGUAUCAGGUGCAUUGUCUGCUGGGCAGACCAAUAUAACACAAAGAACAACAAUAAAUAUACCAGCCAACACAAUUCAUGUCAAUCGGAAUGUGGAGCUUAAAGCAUCAGAAACACCUAGAAAUAUACCCUCACAUACUACCAGCCAGACUACUCAGAGGAUUCCAGUAACUUCUACUCAGACUUUACCAACGACAGUUCAUUCUGGAUUAUCUUCAGGAAAUUUACGACAGGUUCCUUUAGCUACCACAAAACAAAAACAAACAAAUAAAGAAUCCUCAAUAACUGUACAACAGAUUCCAAUUCCAACUUUUAAACAAACAAAUCAAGAGUCCAAACUUGUGGAUCCUAGAUUUAAAAGGCAAAAUUCAAAUGAAAAAGUCAGUGAUCUGCCAAACCCUAGAUUUCAAAGACAGAACUCAAAUGAAUAUGUAAAUAGUCCAAGAACUGUUGAUCAGUCAGCUAAAGUAGCUGAAGAAUUACCACAGUUGUCAAGAGGACAGAACACUCAAGACAAUUCUGAAACGGGCAGGAAUGUGCAAUAUAAUCCUAGAUAUGGAUCAGUCGAAAAAGGAGAUCCUAAAGGAGAAUCUGCUGCCAUAUCAUCACCAUAUACUUUACCUCCUGCCAGAUACUUACAACAACCAGUACAGAAACCCCCUACGUGGGGCCCUAGAGAUACAAAUCAAACAAGGUCACAAAAUGAUAAAAAAUUAGAAUCAGACUUAAUGACUGUCAGAGAUAAACUUGUACGUCUGUCACAACAGUUAAACCAUGAUCAGAGUGUUCGUAUGAGUGUACAGUCAGUUUUACUGUCUGUGACAGAAGCCCUAGAUCUUCUGAGAGAGGAGUCCAGUAAUCUGCCUAAAGUUAAAGACAUCAUUUUGGAAUGUUUAGCAAGAUAUAACGCUGUCAAAGAAUUAAUGGAAGGUUGAAGAAGUUUGAAAGGCUGAUGUAGAGAAAGAGAAAACAUGCUGGCAUUGUUGUGUUACAUUGUGUCAUUUGUAUAGAUUUUUUUUUAGAUGUGCAGUAUUUUGAAAAAUGUUAAGUGAAUGUUAUUGUCUGUAUUCAGUUUUACACAAAUCUGCAUAAAAGACGUGGAAUUAUGAAAUCCAGAAGGCAUAAAGAGUUUAUGAGAGUUCGAAAUUAUUGUGAUAUUUUUGUGUUCAUUUCGCUUUCAGUCAAGUGUUUAUGUGAGAAAAGUGAUGUAUUAUGUAAGAUAGGUUUUUUAAUAAUUUCAGUAAGUAUUGAUGUAAGAAGUAAAUUUAUAAUUUGAAGCAUCGUUUAUUGCAUGAUGAUACCUCUAUAUCAUACACAAUAAACUUGCAUCUUACUGAGUGAAAUGACAUCACAAUUGGUUGUACAUUUUUAUAAUGGUGCUUUUUACUUUGUUGUAUUUUACAUAAAUCAUUAGUGCUUAUUGUUUGUGGUAUAUUGCAUAUUUUGCAUAUUUUUCAUUACUUUCAUUUGAAUUAUCAGUCCCUUCAUAACAUCAUAUUUGAACAGUAAUUAAAAAUUUUAAGAAUUUCCCUGCUGUGAAUGUAUAUAACUGUUGUCAUUAACAAUGUAAGGGAUGUUCUUGAAUGCUCAGAGAUUUGUGGUGAACAUCAAUUAGACAUCAAUCCAACAACUAUAUUUACAAAAAAAGACAUUUGAAGGUCACCAUACAUCUAACCACACCAGACAAGCAUCCAUAUCAUAUUUAAAACUUUUAGUUAAUAUUUAAUAUUCAAAAGGGCCACAAAAAUAUGUAAACAUUCAAAUUUUUCACAGACAUUUGAAAUGUAAUGGAAUAUGAUAUCUUGAUUAAAUUCUUGGGUCUAAAAAUUCAUCCAUUGGUACCCAUUUAUGAACUAUCUGUUGGAUUUCAUUUCCCAAAUGGCAUGGUUUUACAAGUUUAUAUAAUACAUUAAGAUUCAAUGAAAAACUUGUUCAUUAGGCACCAACUUUUCAUUUUUCGCUGGUAACACUUUCAAUUGAUACCCUAGGAACCAUGUACUGCUUUGUUUGAUUCAGUUUUAAUUUUUUUUAUCUGUGCCUAGCAUAAAAUUGUGAAAGCAGGGUCCUUGCUAAAUUGUAAGUUUUUACAUUCAUAAAAUUGUUAACUUUGAAUAAGCUUCUGUGCUAUAUACAAACUUUUGAUCAAUACCUUGACUUUCUGCAUUUUUCUGUAAUCAUACAGAUAGUUUAUUACUAUUAGGUCAUAUAGUUUGUUAUAAGUAAUGCAAACAAGUACAAACUUGGUAAAAUUUUAUACAUAUAUAUUUUUUUUUCUGGAACUACAAAUCUAAAACUGAAUUGGUUUGUGAGCUUGUCAUACCUUGUGAUGCAUUUUAGCAAUCAUGGCUCAUCACCUUUUGUUAACUAAAUACUUAUGAGAGUAUUAGUUAGCUCACAGUUCAUCUUUGAUUUUUAGUUUGAGUGUAAAAUGGGUAAGUUAAGUAAGUUAAAUGUACCAAAAAGAUUCAAACAAUACUGCUUUUAAGAAGCAUAGAUUCUACCAUUGAAUAUUUUUAUGCCCCUGCCAUCCUACCGUCCGUCCAAUAUUUGUUUCUGCACUCUAACUUAAGUUUGUCUCAUGCAAAUUUUAUGAAACUCAUACACGAUGAUAAGAACCAAAACUUGCAGAGAUUGAAUUUGGGAAGGGAGUCACUUACCAUACUAAAGUUAUGUCCCUUUUUAACUUGGAAAAUUGCAAAGCUUGAACAGGGGCAUUCGUGUCCUCAGACACAUUCUUCUUUUAUUUUUAAUGAAACAUUUAUCAUUUUUACAAUUUGUAAAACAAAGAAAAAUAAAACUAGCAUCAUAAUAUAAGAAAUUGAAGAAAUGAGACUUGCAAACUAAUGUUAAUUAUCAAAGCAAUAAACUGAACAGUACCGAAGGGAAACGUUUAAAUUUGCUAGCAAUCACUCAUACUAUUUUUUGUAUGAUUAGUUUAUUAAACUAAUUGAAGAGUCAAAAUUGACUUCUAUCGAAGGUUUGUUCUUAAAUUUACAAAAAUUGCUUGCUGUAUAUAAAUUAUUUGAUCUUUAAAUGAUUUAAAGGUUAAAGCAAUAUUAAUCAGCAUGUGAUGAUGUUGUAUAAGAAAUUCUCUUUUUGUUAAUGAGUGUCUGCAAAAAUGAAAUGUUAAUUAGAAAUAAUUUUGAAAACGGCUGAAAUUAAAUGGGAGAAUGACUGUAAGUGUAUUUUUUCCAUUUUUAAUGAAAAGACAAUCAUAAACUGACUUUUACUUGAAAAAUGUUACUAUAGAGAUAGAAAACAUUAAAAUUAUUAAUUUUUAACAUUGUAUCUCUUACUGAUACUAGUAGAGACAACUCACGUUUUAUCACAUUUGAAUCAUCUCAUUGAAUUACAUAAUUGUUUGUUAUUUUUAAGCAUAUAUAUUGUUAUUUUAAGCUGUUUGUUGUAAAAUUCUUAUAAAGAAUACAGCCAGUAUAAUGCA